CCGUCCUUAAUGCUAUUACAUCCACAUGCUGCUGCCGCGCAAGACUCAGCGCUCAAACGCUGAGACGCGCAGUGCCAAAGAGACAGCGCGCGGAGGAUCUCUAUCACAAGACUUCAGUCACGGACCCUCUGUACGGAAGACCUCAUUCGAGCUGCCCUUUUCUGAUAGUGUUUCUCACAUGCGAGAUAUAGAGCGUUUGGUGGUGGAUUCUGAGCGGACGAGACCGGGAAACCGCUCCAUGUCACUUGGAUUGGAAGGCGAGAGAAAGCGCGGCUCAUCUCACUCCUCGCUCACUCACGCGCCGCUGUAGCUCGAGGAAAUCAAGCCAAAAUAUGUUUUCGCUCUGAACUCUGGCUUUUAAAGAGAAAGCGGUUUAGCCUUUUUUGUUUCGUUGGCGUUGCUUUUGUUUAGGAUACAACCGGAGAUGUUAAACAGCCUGGGUUGAAUUUACGCAUCCAGCAUUUUGAAGCACACCGAGAAAUCAAGCGGAAGAUAUUGUAAUCAGACUCAAAGACACAAGUGGAUACAACAUCAGUGGAGAAGAACAUUUACAAAGAACAUCACAAGAACUUUAGCUUUUUCCUGUACGCAAGCUGGGUGAACAUUCACCCAGGAAAGAUGGAUUUAUUCGCAAAGCUCUGUGGAUCUUUACUUGUCUUAUGUGCGGCAUUAGUUUAUGGACAGGAGGAGCCGUGUGGUGGGACUUUUGAUGCCAGUGACGCAGGCUACAUCACUACACCUGGUUACCCACUGGAGUACCCGCCUCACCAGAAUUGCAGAUGGGUGAUCACAGCGCCUGAACCAUCCCAGCGGAUCGUCUUAAACUUCAACCCACAUUUUGAGCUGGAAAAACUUGACUGCAGGUAUGACUUCAUCGAGAUCCGGGAUGGAAACUCAGAUGCCGCCGAUCUUUUGGGAAGACACUGCAGUAACAUCGCGCCCCCUGCGAUCAUAUCCUCAGGCCCAGUUUUGCACAUCAAGUUUGUCUCAGACUACGCCCACCAGGGGGCAGGGUUUUCGCUGCGCUAUGAAAUCUAUAAGACAGGCUCCGACUGUUCCAGAAACUUCACAAGCCCUUCAGGUGUGAUCGAGUCGCCCGGCUUCCCUGACAAAUACCCGCACAACCUGGAGUGCACCUUCAUCAUCGUAGUCCCACCUCACAUGGACGUCACCCUCACCUUCCUGACCUUCGACCUGGAGAACGACCCAUUGCAGGGUUCGGAGGGCGAGUGCAAGUACGACUGGCUGGAGGUGUGGGACGGCCUCCCGCAGGUGGGACCUUUGAUUGGACGCCACUGCGGUACCAAAAUCCCCUCUGAAAUCCAGUCGUCCACUGGUAUCCUGUCUCUGUCCUUUCAUACAGACAUGGCUGUGGCCAAAGAUGGUUUCUCUGCCCGCUACAACAUGACUCUCAAGGAGGUCAAUGACAAUUUCCACUGCAGUAAUGAUCUCGGCAUGGAAUCAGGCAAGAUCAGCGAUGACCAGAUCUCUGCAUCGUCCAGCUUCUACGACGGCCAAUGGUCUCCAAGACAAGCUCGACUCAACUUUGACGAAAACGCUUGGACGCCCAAUGAGGACAGCAACAAAGAAUACAUCCAGGUUGACCUGCAAUUCCUGAAGGUCUUGACAGGCAUCGCUACACAGGGUGGAGUCUCCAAAGAGACACACAAGUCCUACUUCGUCACCACCUUUAAGCUGGAAGUCAGCACUAAUGGAGAGGACUGGAUGAUAUACAGAUUCGGCAAGAACCACAAGGUUUUCCAUGCGAACGCAGACCCCUCAGAGGUGGUCCUGAACCGGAUCCCCCAACCCGUCUUGGCUCGGUUUGUCCGCAUCCGACCUCAGUCAUGGAAGAAUGGAAUCGCUUUACGCUUCGAACUUUAUGGCUGUCAAAUCACGGACGCUCCAUGCUCCGAGAUGCAGGGAAUGCUCUCUGGCCUUCUUCCGGAUUCCCAGAUCACUGCCUCCUCCAUGAGGGACAUCCAUGGAGCCACAGGUGCUGCCCGGCUGGUGGCCAGCCGCUCAGGGUGGUUCCCCAGUCCCACACAGCCCGUGGCUGGAGAAGAAUGGCUGCAGGUGGACCUGGGAGUCCCCAAAACCGUACGGGGGAUCAUCACACAAGGAGCCCGAGGAGUGGAUGGUAGUACCAGCGCAGAGAACCGGGCCUUCGUGCGAAAGUAUAAAUUGGCCCAUAGCUUGAAUGGAAAAGACUUGAGUUACAUCAUCGACCCUAAAACCAACCUCCCAAAGAUUUUUGAGGGCAACACACACUACGACACCCCAGAGAUCCGUCGAUUUGAUGAGAUCGUGGCCCAGUUUAUCAGGGUGUAUCCGGAGAGAUGGUCGCCCGCUGGCAUUGGGAUGAGAAUGGAGAUAUUGGCUUGUGAUUUGCCAGAAUCUACCACCAUUCCUGACACUGCCACGCCAACCGUCCCGGCUCAGGAGGAGACAAGCACAGCACACAGGACACCAGCUCCCACCACUCUUUCGUCUCUGGGUGGUCUGUGUGACUUUGAGCAGAGUAUGUGUGGAUGGACCCACGACCCCAUGUCUAAACUGAAGUGGUCUAUGUAUAGUUCCUCCAGUCCGAGUUUGGACCUGACGCACGGAUCUGAAAAUUUUGGGAAUUUCCUGUAUGUGGAAACGAGUCCCAUGUCAGAGCCUCAGCGUGCACGGUUAAUGAGCCCAUCGGUGGGACCCGAGCGGCGUCCCGUCUGUCUGCUCUUCUUCUACCAGCUUCGUGGUGAAGGCCAGGACAGUCUUCGCGUGCUGCUGCGGGACGACGAUCAGGAGGAAACUCUGCUUUGGACACUGAAAGGAGACCAGGGGACCAUGUGGAGGGAAGGCCGCACCAUCCUGCCUCAGUCCCCUAAAGAAUAUCAGGUUGUAAUCGAAGGAUUAUUUGAGCGUGGCUCUCGAGGGCACAUUCGGGUUGACAACAUUCAUAUGAGCUCCAGCAUUGAGCUUGAGCAGUGCACACAACCCUUUGCUGCAUUCCCUCCUGAAAUGACUGGGGCAGCCUCACCUGGCUGGAGCAACCCCACUGUUGACACGACAGUGUCCCUGCAGCCCAUGCCCACUUACUGGUAUUACGUAAUAGCCGGAGGUGGAGCCAUUUUCCUCCUGGGCUGCAUCACGUUGGUCAUGGUGCUGUGUUGCCAUCGCUACCACCUGGCGGCCAAGAAGAGCCAGCACUCGGUGUCCUACCAGAGCACAUACACGGGACAGUAUACAGGCGGCGGUGGCACCGGCGGUCUCGCCGGGUCUGGGGUAGAGCCGAUGCUCACGAUUAGGUUAGAGAAGCAAGAGCCCUGUUCCCAGUGCUGAGAAGACAUGGAUGAAUCCCGUCAACCCCUGAGGACACCAGUGUGGUGCCCCUCAAAGUUAAGAAUGAUACGAAGAAGACGUGGACACAUAUAAGCACCAGUGUUGACAAGUUUUCUGUGACUCUCUUGUGGAGCUCCAGAGCUCGGAAGGAGGAGAUCUGCUGUGCCGAAUGGACAACCAGCCAAAAUCCUGAUUGGCAGGGACCUCCCUUUCCCCUUUUCUCUCUCUUUCUCUCUUCCUUUCUCUGUGUGUGGAUGGGAACCUUACUGUGAAAAGCUCUAAUCUCCUGUUCAUGACCAAUCCUAUUGUACAGUCAAGAGAACUCUGCAGCAUUGGCAGACUCCAAAGAGAGCUUGCAAACAGUGGCAGAAGGGAGGCAACGGAACAACCAGGAAACUUUUCUUUGCACGUGUGCCGCAUCUCAUGCGCACACAAGAACACUUGAGGCUCGAGGAGUUUGACAAGAAGCUUAAAAAAGACAAAAGUAUGAACACUCUGGGACAAAAGUACUUGCUGGAGAUUCAGGAUAUGUGGGGAAGGGUUAGUGCCAUGUUAAUGUAUUGAUUUUUUAAACUCCUGGUACCCUCUACAAAGUGCUUACAUUAUGAGGACUGGUCCUUUUAUCUUUCUUUUGGAGUUCCGAGUACAGUAGAGCAAUGGAUUCAGUCUGUUCCAGUAAUCUGUUUGGUCUUCUUUGACUACUGAAUGAAGCUUCUUAAAAGCAUUUUGAAAGCUGUUUUCCUUUUCCCAGAAUCUGUCAAUAUGUGUCUAUAUAUAAACUCUUCUUUUUCUGAAAGUCACUGGGGCUUUGGCACUUACAGUACGUUUAAAGAGAUAUAGUAUGUUUUCUGCCUAUAUGCAAAGGUCACAUGACCCUGCCUUAGCCAGCCUACUUCUCUGAUUGGCCGACUGACUGACACAACAUUGGCCUUAAGACGUUUCAGUGGCAUUGGGCUAGUUCAAGCCGAUCACUGUUCUCAUUUAUUAUUUAAUCCUUUCGUAUUCAUGCUCAGCUGAGAUAAACCGAAGUGCAAAUGCAGCGAACUGAUGCACUGACUUUAUUUUUAUAGCCAAUGCUAAAGCGGUGUGUGUAUUUGUGUGUUGUUCCCCCGGAGAUUUCGAUUACACAUAGUCUUGUAAAAGAGCAGAAGAGAAAAGCUUUGUAAAUCUGCCAAAUGUCAGACGGUGCAGGAGUGCUUUGCUAGCUGAUUUUGCUUCAGGGAGUGAGUUGGCACAUUAGCAUGAGCCCGUCUCCAAGUCCACCUUCUAUAGUGUCACUCAAUACACCCGCUGAUGUCUUACUAAGUCUAUUCAAUCUCUUAUCUGAAAUUUGGGGGGCUUUUUUGCCAUUUUAUCAGUCAAGGGUUUUAUUUUCUUUCUGUAGAUAAAAAGAAAAUUAGCAUUUUGUUUUAUUAGCAUUAUUUGCAUAUGACAAUCUUGCUGCAGAUUUGUUUUUGUGUAUCAAAACAUCCUAUAUAUGCAGGUGAGCGUUUUAAAAUGCACUUCAAAAUCCCAGUGUAAGAGUUUGCUUCAUGUGCUACAUAGUUGUAAUCCUCUGAAAAAUUAAAAAGAAAAAAAAAAACAUGCUAUGAUCUUAGAUGUCAUGUCCAAGUACAUAGUGUUCAGUGUUCUCUUCUCUACCAAACAAACACACAAAAUAAGCACCAUCAGAGCUCAGGAUGGAAAUUCCCCCAACAAAACAUUUUCCUCUUUACACAUAAAGAGUCUGAGGCUUCAUCCAUUACUGAAAGCAUCUGUCAGGCGGGCGCGUCAGAUUUUGGCUUCAUCUAAAGCAACUGGGAUGAAAGGAGAAAGUAAAUCCUGAUAUCUUGUUAUGUCCUCCAUCUGGCAAUAGGUGAAAAUAAUCCCCCAUCACGGACGGCCUGGCCCUUUCUCGCCCGUUUAUCUGCUCCUCACUAAAGAAUGUGUGGAGAGAUGGAAGGCGAGAUCAAAGAAAAGCCUGCUCUAAAUUUAGACCUUCUCUGCAAAAAUCCAGGGUCUGAAGGGGUUUGUUUGAAACACAAAAGCACAUGAAAGAUCCCCACAGACUGCCAGGGAGACCACCUGACCCAGCAGGCUCAUUGCGGAGCAUUGUCUCCUCUUUUCCCAGAUAAUCCUUUAUACAGUAGAAUGUGUUCUGGGACACACGGUGGCUUUUCAUGCGAGACGUCACUUCAGUUUUGAGUCUUCUUCAGUGAUCCCAGUUGCACUCCCAGAUUCUAAAACCACUCGCUUGUUUAAGGCAGAAGUUGCAAUAUGCAACACAUUUUUGAGUUUAUAUGCCCCCCAAUUGAAUGUGUAUCAAUGCUACUGUCAAAAAUUGUCAAGUCUUGUCUCGUCUUCAGCAGCUCUUUUAUUCCUUUAGCCCAAAGUAUACUUCAUUUUUUGACACAUACGUAAAUAUCAAAUGCAAAUACCUUCAAAGUAUACUUAAUUUCCUGCAUGUACAUAGGCAUUUGACACAAGUUUCAGUAUCUCUCCUGACCUACAGCAUACCUGUCAACUCUUUUCCCAGAAUUCCUCACAUUUUACCAUUCUAUCUCACUAUUAUCUCAUGAAAGAUGGCAGCAACAUCUACACAGAACCGAUUCUCCCUAUUCGCAUACUGUAGUAACGCCAAACCACCAGGGAGCCCCCUUGCUCUCAAAUGUAAUAUAAUGACAAGAGCUGUUCAAGAGAAUUAAGCUUUCAUUUUAUUUUAUUUUAUUUAUUUAUUUAUUUUGGCUUGAAAACCCUUGAUCAUAAAAAAUUUAAAAUUCCCUUCAUUUCCCAUUUCGUCGCCUUUCCUAUGAAUCAGUAAAUUUGUGUAAUGGUACGUGACUGGCUAGUGCAAUUUUACGACAAUUAUUAUUAUUAUUUUUAUUUAGUGACUAAUUCAUAUUCAUUUGAACAAUUUCUUUCAUACUUUUUAGUAUGAUUUCCUCAUCCCCCAAUCCCCUCGUAGGGGUACAUUUGGGGGCGCGCCGCCUUUUAAAAAUUGUGUUUCAAUACGCGUGAAAUCGUACAGCCAUAUUUCUGACAAUGUGUAACUUUUCCUCGUAAGAUCGGGCCGGACUGUCGAACAGUGUCCAUAGUGAUAAAGGAAUGUUUUUAAUCGAGCGACUUCUGAUUUGGUGUGUGUUUAAACAGAUAAACACACAUAAUGAUAUGUAAACAUCAGCCUUGGUAGUGCUUUAUCUUUAACACAGCUUAUUGUGCUUAAAUGAGCAUUAACAUUUAGGUAAACAGUAAGUAAUCUAAAGCCUGCCAUUAUAGAUAUGUGCAUUUGGCCUUAAAGAGACACCAUUUACUGCUAAUUUAACCAAAAAUUUAUAUGAAAGAUUUAUUUGCUGCUUUACAUUAAAUAACUACAAUAAAUUUAAUCAAAUUGAAUACAUUUUUGAGCCUAAACUUAGCACAAGUAUCUUAAAAUUGGGUGUAGGUCGAUUACCCCUAUGUAACCUGCAGCAACCAAUACAAUCUCAUGGCAAAUGGUAAAUUUUUUAAUUAAGUGGCUAAUUCAAACCAUCUCAUUUGUACAAUUUGGUCCGAUUUGCUUAUCCCCAAUGAUGGUUGGGUUUAGGGGCGGGGUUGGUUGCCACGCUUUUUUUUUUAAAUCUGACAUUUUCGUAUGACAUUUUCGUACAAAUUAUGAAUUCGUACAAAUUAUGAAUUCGUACAAAUUAGCUACUAAACUAACAAAGAUAAAAUAGUUAUGUUUCCUCUUGAGAUCAGGCUUGAGCAACAUAGGGCUCACAGGUAUUUCCUGCAGGAGUCCAUCAGUGAGCAAUCUCACGCCAUUAGUUAAAAACCACAGAAACAUCUUCAUAUUCUUUCUUGCUCAAUCUACACAAAUUCUUAAUAGUAGUAGUUUUUAAAUUAUUUAAACUAUCACUCGCCAUCAUAGGCAUUAAUUUUCGUCUUAACUUGGACCUGUCCCUGACUGGUACAUUUAUGUUGUUUUUCUAUGUCUACCUUUUGAUUUGAUGCAGAAUUAUGACAAAGAAAUAAAUAAAUGCGCAUGUGCGACUUACAUAGUGCACAGUUACAAAAUUACAUGCAUACUAAUCUAAAGAUGAAAUUCAUGCGUACGUGUAGAAACUGAAGUACACUUUGGGCUUUACAUUUGUCCUAAAUGUUUCUAGUCCUGGUUGUUUGUAUGCCUGUAUAAUAAAUGUGAAUUUUAUCAAGCUUUUAACAAUCAUGAUUCUCUAUUUGGUUUUCUUAGUCUAUCUAUUAAUUUAAUUCUCAGUUAAAUAUGAGUUACUUAAAAUGACAUGUGAUCAUAUGAAAUGUUUUUAAUCUACUGUGGCUGCUUUCUUAAGGUUUCCUUUGAACCAUUUCAUAUUUCUAAUUAGGUAAUGGACCAGAUUACAUUUUAUUAAGUCUGUCGCAAGCAUUCUUGCUGUCUCUCGAAAGAUAUUAAUGAGCAAAAGCACUCAGAAGGGCCCUAUGUGAUGCCAAGAGUCUGUCUUUGAUAGUACCUGCACAAAACCUCAUAUGCUCUCACUCCUCAGAGACCCAGACAAGACAAGGCGGUAGACGUCUAAAGUGUACGUCUGGAGAAACAGAUUUUUUUAUUGUCAUUGUUGUGCAAAAAAUGACUCCAGGUUGGAUACAUUAUAUGUUUUAUCUAAAAAAAAAAAACAGGUCAAACCUUUUAUUUACAGAAUUUAAAACUGAUUAAAUCAGUUUGGUCUAUUGAAGUAUUAUUCAUACAUUUUUAAUGUUCAAUAUGCUUAAUUUGCAUCAGUUUGACACACGUUCUGAUGAGUUUAUGGUUAUGUGCACUUUUCUUUUGAUCCUUUGUGAAUGUAGGGCUGUGACCCUGCCAUCUGUAUAAGCUGUUUCUUUUUCUCUUUUUGACGCAGCAUUUUCAGCCUGUUUAAAUACAUACAGUAUGAGGUAUAUUUUAGCCUGUUGAAAUUUGUGGUCUUGGAAACGUUGUAUGGAAUGUUACAAUAAAGUGAUAUUUUUCUACAAACUGCA